AUGGAUCACAGCGACAGCACAAGCGACAGUGACAGCAACAGCUAUGGUGGUACCAGCGAGUUUUCCGGCCUGACGAAAAUGCCGUUUCACAAGUCUCCGGACGGCGAAGUUUGGGUCAUCGAAGGCCAUAUCGUCGACUGGCGAAUCGCGAAUCACAGCAUCCGCAAGUUUGUGUACGACUCCAAAGUAUUAAAGGCGGGCUUUGUCUACUUCGAAGAGGGCAAGGGUUCAUUGCUGGUCAUCCUUGAGGACCGAGCGCACAUAUACUUGGUUUCCGGAGGCGACUCAACCACGGUGACCUUUCCUUUCACCAUCAGCAAGGCCUUUUUCUACUCUAAAGGCGUGUUGCUCGAGCGUAAGAGCGACGAAUUUGCGAGCGGCGUCCUGUCCAAUACAAGCACUCCGCGAUUCGUCACCAUCUCCGAUCCGCUGUCGCUUUUCGGAACUGCCGUUUUUCCGUCCAAUGUCUCGGAAAACGCGGACGCGCUUUCGGUGCUGUAUCUCCCAGAAGCCGCAGAUCAGAAAACCGCCGUGCUGUUUGAUGAAAGACGCGAUUUGCUUUUGUUCUACCACGUUCGCGUUCUUUCGGACAAAGAGACACCAGGGAGGACCACCGUCAACAACAAAAAGGGAUACGCGGGUCUUUCCACAGAUGCCGCCGCGUCCAAAUCUGGUUCCGCUAAAUUCAAGCGCAAACUUUCGUCGGACCUGUCCUCGAUCUCAACCGGCAGUAGCUCUGCCGCAUCCGGCAUCAGCGGCAAUCUGCGGAAAAUGUCGAUCAUUAACCGCAGAUCCGCCACGGUAAGUAUCCAAGGCAGCGAACAUGAGCCCGUCCAACUCUUUACGCCUAGCCAGCAAGCUGUUGACAUGACCAGGAGAAGUGCAUCGGCCACGCUCGACAGAAUGAUAAGUGGGAGCACUCUCGACAUUGCUCCCAACGCGGUUUCACAAUUCUCUCUGGAAAGCGUCGAGCAAAGCAAUAUGAGUAAAGAUUUGGUGUUAACCAGGAUUUCCCACACGGAGAUCCCAAGAAAAAGGUUUUCCGCGAACCUGAAGAUUGUGGGUUCCAGAUACGAGGAUAAGGAAAGCAUUGUAUUUUAUGACCAAGACCGUAAUUGGGGCCAAGUUUGGAUUUUCGAUGUCGAACUCUCUACGACGGAUAACAUGAAGUUAAAAGUAUUUGGUUACUCGCCGGUGUCUCCCAUCCGGACCAUCGACUUGAAGCCAAAUGUCAUGAAAGAUGUCACUGCGCUCGAGUCUUCUCACCUAAGAGGAUUUUACGUUCUCUUACAGAGGGAAGAAACACACUUCACGUUGUAUAAUCCCUUCUCAAAUCUAACUUCGGCUCCGCUCGCAUUCCGAGACCAAAAGGCUCUCAAAUGUCUAUACUACGCUUGCGACAGAUAUGUUGUUAGUGAUUUUGACGACAAUCGUACGAUUACUGAUAUGUUACCUCUCUCCGCAUUUGUCUUGCAAUUGUUUGAAGUUAUCAGACUUUUACUCGAUUCAUUUACUCACUCCUACCUGUUCUUACUAUGGCAGGUUGCAAGGCAUAAAAUGCCUUACCAGAAGAAAGACGCAGAUUUUAUAGCAUUCCGCUCAACGCUUUUGAGCCUUUUGCCCAUAGCGCCUCAAGUUAGCCUUUUCAAAGAAAUCGAAGACAUCUGCAAUUGCCCAGUUUUUGAUAAAGACUUUAAUUUUGACGCUCUGCUACCAAAAAUAGUUAUGGGACUGCAUCUGAAAAGGGAGGAAUUGAAACUCAAUCUACUUGAACAGGACGCAGUUGAUAAAUUGGGCGAAUUACUUUUCAUGCUAUCCUCCUUGAUGGGCUGGCCCAAAAUUUGGCAAGAAUUUUAUGCCAACAGCAGUAUUUCUCGAGAUGAGACGAUUCGACCAACAGGCAGGUAUUAUGCACACCCUUUGGAUGAGCCCCCCUCGAUAAUGAAGUCGAUCUAUAGUGCUACGAGCUCCAGUGCAAUUCCAUUGACACCUUACAUCACUUUCUCUCGGCUGCUGGAAGACAAUUCAAAUGUGGAUGAAAUGAUUUCACCUCGAACUCAUAAACUUUUGCAAUUCUUCGAUAUUUUAAGGUCUCAGAGGCACCUGGAGAGUGAGCUGCUCGAUAUUAUGAAUGCACUAUUCAACAACGAGCUUGAACUCGAAACUUAUCCUAUGGGCGUCCGCGCACCACUGCGGAGGUUGAUUUCCCGGCUUGAGAGUUGCAUUAUUCAAAUCUCUCCAGAAAUGAACUUGAAUCUUUUACAGCGUCCAGAUCUCCGGAAAAAUCAAGAGAUUCUUUUAGGAUUGCGGUCUACGCGAGAAGAAAAUCCACUGUUUGAAUUGCAGCAAAUGGGCGUUGAAAAAGAAGGACCUUACCGUGACCAAAAAUCGAGGAGUGUUAAAAGUUUAAUAUCCGAUCUUCUGACUUCAACGAGCAGUAAGGCGAGAGAGGAGAAGAUGCCAAAAAAGGGAAGGGAAGGGACGACAGUUCCAAUGGCGCUAGAUACUAAACCUCCCAUCAUUUUUUCAGAGGAUAGUAGAUUCUUGGAACUAGGCAAAUGCUUGCGGUUCUAUGUUCCACACAGAGUAGAGUCGCUGGUUUUAAAACAGAGUAAUGACAAAAACUAUAUCAAGAUAAUGACGAAGAAGAAGAAGGUGUCGCAAAUUUUUGCAAUCAGGGCGUUGGCAUGCCCAAUGGGGUGGGCGGCUAUCAAAUAUUCCACAAAGCAUCCACUGGCGUCCCAGAAAUGGCAUUGCCUCAAGCCAAACUUUAUUUCAACCUUUUCCGACGGAUCGACAAUCAACGUUGAUCCAGAGACUCUAGAUCAAGGCAUGAUUCAAUGGGGAGAAUUUCACGCUGGCGUAAGUUCAGGAUUGCUUGUUUCUAAGAAGGCCAAAGGGGUGACGGGAAGUUGGAUUACGUUCAAUCGACCGCAGAACCUGACAGCACAGCAUGGAGGGUUUUUGUUAGGAUUAGGCUUGAACGGACACUUAAAAAGUCUUGAGGAAUGGCAUAUUUACAACUACUUGAGCCCGAAAGAAACACACACCAGCAUAGGACUUCUUUUGGGAAUGGCGGCAAGCUUAAGAGGCACAAUGGAUCUGAAACUCACCAAAGUACUGAGUGUUCACGUCGUGGCACUCUUGCCCACAGGAUCGACCGAUCUGAACAUCAACUACAAAGUACAGACAACGGGACUACUCAGCAUUGGACUUCUCUUUCAGAAAUCCUAUCACAAGAAAAUGACCGGCAUGUUGUUAUCGCAACUCACAUCUUUCGUCGUUGUCAAUGAAAAGCCCUCCCCUGAUGAGGGUUAUAGACUUGCUGCUGGUGUAGCUCUAGGUCUAGUGAACGUCGGCGCGGGAUCCAAGGAUGGAAACUAUCACAAUUGGACGCGAGAUAGCUCCAAUGAUGCAGAUGAUAUUGUAACGCAGGAAAGUUUUAGGACUGAAAACGUGGGUCCCAUGGAUCCUUUUGUUGUCGAAGAACUCUUAGGUCUCAUUAGCAAAAAUCAAGAUAAAGAAACUGAUGUCCUUUUAGAGAAUUCUCAGCUGGGAGCUAUAUUGGCGCUGAUGAUAAUGUUCUUGAAGAGCAAUAAAAAAAUAGUGGCAGAAAAGCUCCUGCCGCCCAGUAAAAGGAGCACUGCCAAUCUCAAGUCAAACAUGAGGCCAGAUCUGCUCCUUUUUCGCGAAUGGGCGUACCAUAUGAUUCUUUGGGACUCCAUUGAGGGCACCCUUGCUUGGUUACUAGAAUCGCUUCCUACACAUGCCUCUUUACAAGUCAAUACCGAUAAUUUACCCUUUUAUUACGCGAUUGGGGGGAGAGCAUUGGCGCUUGCGAUUAAGUUUGCUUCUUCAUGUGAUAAGACCCUCCGGGAUGGGAUGCUACUCGUUAUAGACAGGCUCUUGCCGUUUUAUCAGUGCAAACUAGAUACCAGGCUCGACUUUCAGCUAACAAUAAAAGGCAUUAACAUUGUUGUGGGAGUUCUGUUAAUUUCGGUUAGUAUGAUUAUGGGAGGAAGUGGAGACAUCAAUGUGUUCCGAAGAGCGCGUUAUUUGCAUGAGGUUCUAACCGGUGAGUAUUCCUACCUAUUCGAAUCUGAGUCUCGUGGAUCCGAUGAUUCAGAUGAAAGUCAAUCAAAUGAGCCAUUCACUGACAAUGAGAAUCAUUAUGGAAAGUAUACCACCACUAGCCUCUCCAUGGGCUUUUUAUUCCUGGGUUCUGGUCAUUAUGCUUUUAAAACAUCUGAUGCCUUGAGCAUCUCAUAUCUCGUGAUCUCAAUACUGCCUACCUUUGCUCCACCAUAUCUUCUUCAGGAAGCCAGGCACUUUUGGAGCAUGGCAAUUGAGCCCAGAAGUCUAAUGAUAAGGGAUUCUGAGAGCGGUGCUGUUCUCAGCAAAAUUGACGUAGAGAUCACAAUGAAAAGUGACAAUGCUAAGAAGCAAAACUCAAAGUUGCGGUUGUCUUCACCCUGUUUGUUGCCUGAAUUACGAAGAAUCAAAGCCAUUGAGGUUAAAUCGUUUGAUCAUUACCCCAUUCGUGUAGAGAUUGAGGACGAAGCCGCGUCAAGAAACUUUUCAAAACAAGGAUGUGUGAUAUGGGUAAAAUCAAGAAGUUCUGAAAAAGAUGCAACGCCCCAACAACGGGACCAAAAAUCUCUCGAUCAAAUUAACCGUCUUUUCGCCAAGAAAAUUGCCAAGAGAUACCGUAAGGAUGGCGAAAGUUACCUUUCAAAGCCCAAACAGUCUCUAACAACUUUACUGAAACUAGAUUCACCAGAAAAGAUAGAAUUUGAGAGGGAAAUAUAUCAUGCGAUCAGUUCACAUAGAACCCAGGAUGAAAAUAUAUUGAUGAGCUGUGACAAUACAGAUUUGGCUUCAUCGUUUGAGCUUUGGAAAAUUGAACACGGCCUUUGA